CUGGGUGAGUUACUACACAAAAGUGUCCAACAAGAAACGUCUCCUUAAAUCUAAAAUCAAUACACGCAAAUCAAUUAAAAUUUAGCGAAAUAACCAACUGACAAAAUGAUCAAUUCCGAGUGUUCCGCACAGUGUCUUCAUAGUGAUUUACCAGUGCUUUUAAUCACGUCUGCCUCGUGCAUCUUGUGUUGGCCUCAACGAAAUUUUAAGUGACAUUUAAGUACAUUGCAAUCUUGGGUUGGCUGGACUUGUCUGUCGAGAAAUGUAUCGAGUCAAAAGUGCACACGAACAGCUGAUAUACAAUUCAAUUGCGUUAAAAUGGAAUUUAACGAGCCAAUUAGACGUGGCACUGUGGCAGCAGCAGCUUCUUGCUUUCCGCCCAAAUCUCGGCGUGAGUCUCUUGCCACCAAGAUUUAAUGAGAUCAUCCACGAAUUGGGUGGCGGGCGCUCGUGAAGAAGAUGAUGAGGAGGAGAAUUGAAAAGGGGAGACGGACGACGAUGAGAAAAGGGGUGGGCGUCUCUCAUCAUCCGUCGAGAGUCCGGCCCCAUUGGUCGCCGUCCGUGGCCGAGAGGUGGAGCUUCAAUCACAGUCGUCCAAUGAUAGUGGCGAUAUCUGCGCGGUGUCGUCCCUUGGGCCCCAUCUAUCCUCUCUCGUCUCUGCCCGGCCCGGCCGCCAGAAGAAGAAGAAGAAGAAGAGCCUCCUCCGUUCACUUUUUGGGUGUGUGAACUCGUCUGCGACCAUCUUCGCAGUGACACUUUGGCCAGCUGGUCGCAUCUCUACUCGGCUCUUGACUUUCUCCGUUUCAAAAAUCCUCUACGCACAUCGUCUCGUAUCGUCUCGUCGACAGGGAAGACAAUUUUCAUUCGUGUGAUUUCAUCCGUCAGAGAACUUUUGGGUUCAUUAUUCCGGAGGACGAAUCGCUCUAGGACGUCGGCGAACCAAAACUUUUUUCUUCAGUGGUGAUUUUUGAAUAACCGACCGACAGUCGAGUGUUGCUCAACUCGUUUAACGGCUCGUCUGGCAGUAGUACUACUACCAACACUUUGUUAUCUUUGACCCCUAUCCAUUGACACAUAUCAUCAUUUGGUUAUUUUGGCCUCUAUGGAGAGCUCUGCCGAUCGAUCAACCGACAGCGACUCCGGUUCCGAGCGCUACUUUAACCACAGCGCUGGAGGAGGAGUUGGCGGAGGUGGCGGGAGCGGAGGAUCUGGUGUCAUCAACAACAGCCACAACGGAAACGGGCGACUUACCGAUUGCGACGACAUCGACCUUCCCGUUCGUUGCGAGGUCUGCGAUAAACCAUUCCACGACGUCGACCAGGUUGAUUCGCAUCUGGUGAGCGUUCACCAGUUUCCUCUGGGUCGCUAUCCGUGCACAUUCUGCUCACGAGCUUUCAGCUGCCGACCACUCCUCUCUCGCCACGCUGUCGUCCAGCACGGUCUAGGCCGGCGUUACCCAUGCGAGCACUGCGCCAAGGUCUUCUCCGAUCCGUCGAACUUGCAGCGCCACAUCCGGUCAUCUCACGUCGGCGCUCGCGCUCACGCUUGUCCCGAGUGCGGCAAAACCUUUGCCACGUCGUCUGGACUCAAACAACAUACCCACAUUCAUUCCUCGGUCAAACCGUUUCAAUGCGAGGUCUGUCUGAAAGCCUACACCCAAUUUUCUAACUUGUGUCGCCACAAGCGCAUGCACGCCGACUGCCGCUUGCAGAUCCGCUGUCAACGCUGCGGCCAGCCGUUCAGCACCGUCACUUCGCUGGCCAAGCAUCGGCGAUUUUGCGACACGGCAACAGUUGCGGCGGCCGCCUCUUCUUCUGCCGGCCCGAUGAGCCACGCUUCUUACAGCGCCAUCCACAACAACAACAACAAUCACACCAACAACAAUAGUAAUAGCAGUAGCAACGGAAGCGGCAUGGUGCCUCCGCCGCCUCCGCCGCCACUUCCUUUGCAACCGAGUCAUCAGUCGGCAUCACUCGCCCAGCAGCCGAUGAACCUGAUGCACUUGUACAGACCGACGCCAUCCAUGGGUCUGCCGCAGUUCAAUUCGUCGCUGCUGUCGACCUACGCCGCCGGAUUGAGCCAUCACUUCUCUCCGGUGGCGGCGGCGGCGGCGGCUGCGGCCGUAGCCGCUGCCAACGAAUCUUAUCCGUCUGUGAUGGCGGGCUGCCUGACUCCGGCCGCAACUUCCACACCCCGGCAUCGCCAACCGUCUGAGCAGGAUGGCUCGGACGAAUCAGACAUUGACGUGACAGACGACCGCAGUUCGGUGGCUUCAUCCAGCUUUGCGUCGGAGCUGGGACGCCGCAAACGCUUCCGAUCGUCAGGUGAUGAAGGCGGAGAAGGAAAUGAAACUGAUACGGAUCGACACUCGAGGCGGAGCGACAGCAGUUGCAGCAGCAAUCUCGGAAGCUGCCACAGCGACAGGGAAGUGGCUAGCGACCAGAAAAGAAUGAAGGAAUCUGGCGAACAGCCGCUGGAUCUCUCGAAAUCGACCAAGGAAAACGAACGUGAUACUCCCAAAAGCAGCGAUCAGCGUUCCUUGCUAGUGGAUGAAGAUGCUGAAAAUGAGGGCGAAAACGAUGUAUUGCCAUCUCGCCCAGUUUCGACAAUCAAACCGGCUCCGUGUAGCAGCAACAGCAGCGCUGAAGAGAUCAAAACCGAGGUGGCACCGCCACAAAUCGAAGCUUACCCUCCUCCUCCACCGCCAUCUCUGCUCGCUUCCAUCGGUAAUAGCCUGAACCAGCAGCAAUCAGCCGUCGCAUCACACGGCGGAUUGGCUUAUCCACGCCCGAUACAUCCGGCCUUAAUGCUUGAAGCAAUGAACUUUCACCACCGGAUGAUGCCUGACGGACGUCCUUCUUACGCAUCGUUUCUAUCAGGCCACCAUCACCAUUUGUUACCGACGAGGUGUCCUCCGAUUUUUACGCCUUUGCUCAAUGGUCUUGGUGCUCUGUCGGCUUUAAACGGUUCCCUACGAAACAAUUUGGAUCUGAUCCGGCGCUCUGGUGGGCAUCAACAUCCGGUCAACCCGCACCUCUCCGUACCGAAACCCUACCACCACCACGACCAUCAUCAUCACCAGCACUCUGAUCAUCUGGCGGCGAUGAACGGCAGUGGAACGUCGCCAGGUUCCAGUUCCAAUCCGUCGGUCAUCGGUGGAGCAGGUUCUGUGAUCAACAAAUCGCGCGACCGCUACUCGUGCAAGUUCUGCGGCAAGGUCUUCCCCCGCUCGGCCAACUUGACCCGCCACCUGCGGACUCACACGGGCGAACAGCCUUACAAAUGCAAAUACUGCGAUCGCUCCUUCUCCAUCUCGUCCAACCUGCAGAGACACGUUCGCAAUAUUCACAACAAGGAGAAACCGUUCAGGUGCCCGCUGUGCGAGCGCUGUUUUGGCCAGCAGACCAACCUGGACCGGCACUUGAAGAAACACGAAAUGGAUGGCAGCGCAGGCGGGGUUGAUGGUGGAGCUAACUGCAGCAGUGUCCUGUCCGUCAGUCCGGAAGUAACGGUGAGCAGCCCGGAAGGUUUGGCCACCGCAGCCGAUCUGAUGGUGAUGCAACAGGUGCAUGCAGCGGAUACUCACCUGGGAAGCUCUGGUUCGGUGAGACCAGAGACGGCCGUCACUUCGUCUUACUUUGCUGAUAUCCGGAAAUUCAUGGGUCAGGUGACGGCUGAUAGUCUUUUGGCGGCCCAGUUUCAACAUCAGCACCAUCAACAUCCACGAUCAGACGAUGAAUUCAGUAGCCAGGAUUCCACCGGCGAUCGCAACCGUUCUACCAAUGGCCAAGUCCGGCUCGAAAUUGCGAGUUAAAAACAACAAUCAAUCAAACGAAUAUAAAAAAAUAUAAAAAUAAUUAUUACCCGGCAUCAGAAUUUCCCGUAUUGUUGAAUUAUUUCAAAUGUCCGUGAGAUCUCAUUCCAUUGUUUCCGUUGUCACUUUGCAAGCGUAGUGGUCCUGAUGAUGUCAAGAUAAACGGACGAGCAGAAAUGUUUGUAUUUGUAGCUCUGUGCUCUGCUUCAUUCCUCCCCUGUAUACCACUCCCAGUACUACUUUAGUUCUUGUGUCCAUAGUUUCAUACUGGUACUUUUUUGCUGCCAUUUUACAUAUUUUAUUUCGUGUCGGCCUCCCUGAAAAAAAAAAACAACCUUUAAUUAAACAUCUUGUCUAACACUGUUUUGAUCAGCCCUCUCGAUAUCGUAAAUUUUCCUUAAAUAAAUGACCGCAUACUGCACUUCUCGUUAACGUCUAACAGGAUUGAUUCAGCAAAAUUUUGCUAGUGUUCAUUGAUUCCCUUUAAUGAUUUAUCCUAGCAUCAUGAUUUAUAUUUCGUAUAGUCUCAUUGUGUCUACCUCGCUACAACUUUUUUUGUAAAUAAUUUAGACUUCUUCAUAUGUAUGUUGCAGUUCAAUUAAUAUAGUACACAUUUCGAAAG